GCGCUAAGCCUCCUGCAUUUCCUGUCUGUGGACCGUCUAGAACAUCUCCAGUCUAUCCCUCUUUCGCCUGACGCUCAGACGGCAGCUCCUCGCCUUUCUCUGCAAUGAUGUCAGGAAGACCCUUGCACAUGGAGACGCCUGUACGUGACAGCGUGAUCCUGUCUAAAGUGGCUGGCACCACGGUCUAUCUCAAGCUAGACAGCGCCCAGCCCUCCGGCUCCUUCAAGAUCCGGGGCAUUGGACACCUCUGCAAAACGUGGGCUGAGCGAGGCUGUAAACAUUUCGUCUGCUCCUCAGCGGGCAAUGCAGGCAUGGCAGCCGCCUAUGCUGCCAGGAAGCUGGGCAUCCCUGCCACGAUUGUCGUGCCCAACACCACGCCUGCCCUCACCAUCCAGCGGCUCAAGAGUGAGGGCGCCACGGUCAAAGUGGUGGGUGAGACAUUGGAUGAGGCCAUCAGGGUGGCCAAGGACCUGGAGAAAAACAACUCAGGCUGGGUCUACGUCCCUCCCUUUGACGACCCCCUCAUCUGGGAAGGCCAUGCUUCCAUCGUGAAGGAGCUGAAGAAGACGAUGACCGAAAAGCCAGGGGCCAUCGUGCUGGCAGUAGGGGGCGGAGGCCUCUUGUGCGGAGUGGUUCAGGGGCUGGCAGAGGUGGGCUGGAGGGACGUGCCCAUCGUCACCAUGGAGACCAUCGGAGCCGAGAGCUUCCACGCUUCCACCAAGGCCGGCAAGCUCGUCACCCUGCCCCGCAUUACCAGUGUUGCCAAAGCCCUGGGCGUGACCACCGUGACAGCGCAGGCUAUGAAGGUUUAUCGGGAACACCCCAUUUUCUCUGAAGUUAUCUCAGACCAGGAAGCUGUGGCCGCUCUUGAGAAGUUUGUGGAUGACGAGAAGAUCCUGGUGGAGCCCGCCUGUGGGGCUGCCCUGGCCGCCAUCUACAGCAAUGUGAUUCAGAAGCUGCAAGGAGAGGGGAAACUCUGCACCCCCCUGUCCUCCGUUGUGGUCAUUGUCUGUGGGGGCAACAACAUCAGCCUGGCACAGCUGCUGGCGCUCAAGAAGCAGCUGGGCAUGGGGGCUGCCCAGUGAGAACCCCUCCCCCACCCAGGAUAAACCCUGGGAGGACCAGAAUUUUCUGCAGCAUGACCCAGCGCCUCAUGGUAAAUAGUAUUCCUGUGUCUGCUGGGAGCCCGUGGCCCAAGCCAGUCAGUUAACCUGGUUUCUCCUGAGACCAGUGUGUGUGCAGCAGCCGGAAAGGCAGUAGCCAGCAAGGUUGUGAACUGAACUCUUUUGAGUGUUUGGUUUUUUUCUCAAGAAGCCCGAAGCCUACGCUUACUCACUUUUCUUAAAUCCACCCCCACCCCUACCCCCGGCCACACCUUGCGGCUUGUGGGAUCUUAGUUCCCUGACCAGAGAUUGAACCUGUGCCCUCAGCAGUGACAGCAUGAGACCAAGCCACCGGACCACCAGGGAAUUCCCUUUACUUUUGUA